CAUUCCCUCUCUAUACAUGUCUAUCUCACAGCCUUCCGUCUCUUUCUCGCUCCAUAUAUUUAUCUCUCUCUAUCUACAUCUCUACAUGCAUGCCUCUUUUCUCUUCUUGUAUUAUUAUCCCCCCGUAUUUCCCGGCAUUCAUGCAUUACAUUCCUCACUAAGCCUCCCUUUCUCAUUUUUUCCCCUCCAAUUUGGCUGCCUUAUUUUUCAUUCAACAAUUCUUCACUCUUUUCGUUUCGGAGAUUUCAUUAUACACAUUCUGUUCGCUUCAGGAUUGCAGCCAUGGAUAUUUUGGACUCAAGAAAAAGAACCAGAUUCUCUGGAAAAGUUAUGUUAACAGCUAGCAUUGUCACGCUUUGCAUUAUUUAUUUGAAGAGCUCAGCCGAUUUCAGCAGCAAUACCCGGUUUUCGGUUCAUGAACCUGGGGUCACACAUGUAUUGGUUACUGGAGGAGCGGGCUAUAUAGGUUCACACGCUUCCCUUCGGCUCUUGAAGGAUCAAUAUCGUGUAACUAUAGUGGACAAUCUUUCUCGUGGAAAUAUUGGUGCUGUGAGAGUUCUACAAAAGCUGUUUCCUGAGCCAGGGCGACUUCAAUUCAUUUACGCAGACCUUGGUGAUGCAAAGGCUGUAAACAAAAUAUUUGCAGAGAAUGCAUUUGAUGCUGUGAUGCAUUUUGCAGCAGUUGCUUAUGUAGGUGAAAGCACUGCUGAACCUCUGAGGUAUUAUCAUAACAUUACAUCCAAUACUCUGGUUGUUCUCAAGGCAAUGGCAUCAUAUAAAGUGAAGACAUUAAUUUAUUCAAGUACCUGUGCCACAUAUGGAGAGCCCGAGAAGAUGCCUAUCACGGAAGAAACUCCCCAAGUUCCGAUCAAUCCCUACGGGAAGGCUAAGAAGAUGUCAGAAGAUAUCAUACUGGACUAUUCGAAGACAUCCAACAUGGCAGUCAUGAUAUUAAGAUACUUCAAUGUGAUCGGCUCAGAUCCAGAAGGAAGAUUAGGGGAAGCUCCCAGACCAGAACUACGCGAGCAAGGCCGCAUAUCAGGCGCUUGUUUUGAUGCCGCACGAGGCAUUAUUCCUGGUUUAAAGAUCAGAGGAACAGAUUACAAAACAGGUGAUGGCACUUGUAUUCGAGAUUAUAUAGAUGUUACUGAUCUGGUAGAUGCACAUGUUAAAGCUCUUGCCCAUGCUAAACCUGGGAAAGUUGGAAUCUACAAUGUUGGCACGGGAAAAGGUAGUUCGGUAAAACAAUUUGUUGAAGCAUGUAAGAAGGCGACAGGAGUGGCCAUAAAAGUUGAAUAUCUCAGCCGGAGGCCUGGAGAUUAUGCCGAAGUUUACAGCGAUCCUUCUAAAAUUCUCCGGGAACUGAAUUGGCAAGCUACAUUUACAAAUCUUGAAGAGAGUCUUAGAACUGCAUGGAGAUGGCAGAAAUCCCAUAGGAAUGGAUAUGGAUCCAUGUGAAAAUCGUGGUUGUGACGGUCCGUUAGACAAAGAUUUUUGUGAACAUGUAUUAUAGUACCAAUAUUUUCGGACAUUUGUAAAAAUAUAUUCCGAAUUUCUGUCAAGAAAUUUUUAAAUCUAUUUUCUUGCA